GUGUGACAUGUAUUGGCCUAAAGAAGGCUUGGAAUCUUAUGGCAUAAUUCACGUGAAACUACUUCAAGAGGUAGUGAUGGCUACGUAUACUCUCAGGACAUUCAACGUCAAGAAUCUUAAAGUUAAAAAGAAACACGGGUCAGAGCGCACAGUCUAUCAGUACCACUACACCAAUUGGCCCGACCAUGGAGUCCCCGACCAUCCACUUCCAGUCUUGUCAUUCGUUCGCAAGUCUUCAGCAGCUAAUCCGCCAAAUGGUGGCCCAAUCAUCGUUCAUUGCUCGGCCGGCGUGGGUCGCACCGGCACUUACAUCGUGUUGGACGCAAUGCAGCGACAAAUAAAGCACAGACAGUCCAUCAAUGUCUUUGGAUUCCUGAAGCACAUCCGGCAACAGAGGAACUACUUGGUCCAGACGGAGGAGCAGUAUAUCUUUAUUCACGACGCCCUCCAGGAGGCCAUCGAGUCGGGCGAUACGGAGGUGCCGUCGAGUCAUCUCUUGAAAUACAUUCAAACCCUACAGACCGGAGGCGACGGUUCCAGUAAUGUUAGCUAUGAUAAGAGCCAUCACUGGCCACUACUUGAGCGACAGUUCCGUCUCGUCACUCAAUUCAAGGCGAAAGACUUUAAUGUCGUGUCAGCUCUAAAGCCGUGCAAUAAAAUGAAGAACAGAUCACUGAAUCUGAUUCCACUCGAAGCACAUCGCGUUCACAUAAUUCCCAAAGCUCCGGGAACUGAUGGCUCCGACUAUAUAAACGCAACAUUCCUUCCCGGAUUCAAUCGGCUCCGGGAGUUCAUUAUAACGCAACACCCGAUUUGGGACACAAUCUCUGAUUUCUGGCAAAUGGUUUGGGACCACAACUCGCAGACAAUAGUCGUCCUCUCAUCAGUCAUCGACGAGAAGGAGUUCCCGCAGUUCUGGCCGGACAGG